CAGAUUGGUCUCUUAUCACAAAUCAAUAUCCAACCAUUCACCAUAAAGAACCCCAUUCGACCAACCUUCCUCGCUCUCUAUUUCUUUCACCCACCACCGCCCACCACAUUCAUUCAUCCAUGGAUGAAAAAGAAAACAAGAAAAAGAAAAAGAAGCAAAAACACAAACACCCAAAUGAUCAAUCCUCCUCAGAUUACUCUUUCAAACCCUCGUCGGAAGUCAAAGGCCUCCGAUUCGGCGGUCAAUUCAUCGUUAAAUCCUUCACCAUCCGCCGUGCGCGGCCUCUUGAACUCCUCCGCCUCCUUUCUCUGCCCCCACCGACACCCAUCCACAACAAAACCCCAUCUAUCUUCCCGUCAACCACCGGUUUCCUCCCUACAAACUUCACCAUAUUAGCGCACCAUGCAUGGCACACCCUCACACUCGGCCUCGGCACCAAGAAAUCGAAGGUGGUUCUGUUCGUAUUCGAAUCGGAAAAAAUGAAGGUGGCGAUGGACCGGGUGUGGCCGGCGGAGAUUCCUUUAGGGGAAGUGAACCGGAAACUGAUCAGAGGAGUGACCGGUUGCGAGAUGGCCCGGUUCAAGUUCAGAAAAGGGUGCAUAACGUUUUAUGUGUAUGCUGUUAGACGAACCGGUAACCUAGGGUUUUCAUGUGCAGACGAUCUGAGGGUAAUUUUGGAAUAUGUGGUGGCUUUGAAUGAUUUCAUGGAUCAUACUGCUAUGCUUGCCAUGCCUAACCAGAGAAACAUUAGCUUUGCUAAUGCUAAUGCUAAUGCGAAUGCUCCCCCAGCUGCCAUGGCCCACUAGCCUUGUCAAAAUUACCAUAUCACCCCUUUAUUUCAUCUUUUAAGUUCUUAUUAUUUUUUUUUUAAAAUGCCUUGACUGGAUAUAUUUUCUUGUAAUCUGGGGAAAUUUUUUGAUUAAAUUUUGUGGGAUUCUAUACUCUUGUAUCUUUACUUUAAUGUAACUUAGGAUCAAUAAAUUGAGUGCGACAACUGUACUAUAUAUAUUUUUAAUUUCUGAUGUAUUUGGUUCGAAUACCACUAUUGGGCAA